AUGCAUAUAUUAAGAAUACCAGUAGUAUCGAUCAAAAACAUAUCAUCAAAGAUUAAUUUAAACUCCAAUCUAAGGUUUUUGUCUACCGCAAUGCCCACAUCUGAAGAUAGGACAAUACCUUUAAUUGCUUCAAUCGAUGUAGGUACCACCUCUUCAAGAGCUAUUUUAUUCGAUAAGUUCGGUAAAGAAGUAGCAAAACAUCAAAUCGAAUACAGCACCUCUCUAACUAAUCAGCGUGAUUUAUACCAUAGUCAAAAUGGACAAGAAAAUAGAUACAGAAAUAAAGAUGAACCGAUUUAUUCCUCUGUUGGACUACUAAUUAAAGAGAGUGAAAACUUAGAGAUUGAAGACCUACACAAAGUUUUGAAGAAACCAUCAACCUUAAAUUAUCCUAAGCCAGGUUGGGUUGAAUGUAAUCCUAUCAAUCUAUUAAUCAAUGUUCUUCAAUGCCUUGGAUCAACUUUAUUGUCUUUAAAUAAAACAAAUGUAAAAUUGUCGAAGGAUGGUUCCCCCACAUAUAAAGUAGUGUCCAUCGGUAUAACAAAUAUGAGAGAAACCAUAAUUGUUUGGUCAAAGAAGACUGGAUUACCUGUAAUACCAUACGGUAUAGUUUGGAAUGACACAAGAAACACAAAAAUUAUUAAUUCUUUAUCCAAGAUGAUGCCGAAAGCAACUGUUCAAAAUAUUCAAGAACGUACUGGUUUACCUCUACUCUCUACCUAUUUUUCUAGUUCUAAGCUAAGGUGGCUUCUAGAUAACGAACCUAAGGUUAAGGAAGAAUAUGAAAGGGGAAAUUUAAUGUUUGGAACUGUGGAUACUUGGCUUCUAACAAAUUUAACAAGCAAUAACAAUUUUGUAACUGAUGUAACUAACGCUUCAAGAACUGGGUUUAUGAAUCUAGAUACAUUACAAUAUGACCCAGAGUUGCUUAGGUUUUGGAACAUAGACCCUGAAAAGAUUAAUCUACCCAAGAUUCUACCUUCAUCUGCACACUUUGGUAGGUUUAAAAUUGCAGAUAUAAUUGAUCUAACGAGAUGUGGAUAUUUCCCUAAUGAAUUAAUCUCCGUUUUACACGAUUUUGAAAAAUUGAAUAUCCCAAUCCAAGGCUGUCUCGGUGAUCAAAGUGCUUCCUUAGUUGGACAAUUAGCAUACAAGAAAGGAUCAGCCAAAUGUACUUAUGGUACUGGCUGUUUCUUAUUGUACAAUAUUGGUAUCAAAAAGCUAUUAUCAAGACAUGGUGCUUUAACUACCAUCGGUUACUGGUUCCCUGAUUUAGACCUUAAUGAUCCUACUAAUGAUCUUAACAAACCUCAGUUUGCCCUUGAAGGGUCCAUUGCUGUUGCAGGUUCAGUAGUUCAAUGGUUAAGAGAUAAUUUGAGAUUGUUCCCAAGAGCACAAGAUGUGGGACCGAUGGCAAAUACUGUUCCAGAUUCCGGUGGUGUCGUGUUUGUCCCUGCAUUUAGUGGUUUAUUCGCACCAUAUUGGGAUGCAAAUGCAAGGGCAACAAUUAUGGGAAUCUCACAGUAUACAACAGCCUCGCACAUUGCCCGAGCUGCGGUUGAAGGCGUUUGUUUUCAAUGUAGGGCCAUUUUAAAAGCUAUGACUUCUGAUGUGUAUGGAGAUAAAUUAAACCCCAAUAUUGAUUUAUUAGAAGAUAAUUUGAUUGACGAUGUUAGUUUUGCUUACGAAAGAAAAUUGUUUUCUACAUUAUGUGUAGAUGGAGGCAUGUCCAAAUCCGAUGAGGUCAUGCAAAUCCAAGCUGACAUAUUAGGACCCUGUAUCAAAAUAAGACGGUCCCCAGUGCUUGAAUCUACCGCACUAGGAGCAGCAAUUGCUGCAAAUAUGGCAGGAAAAACCAAAGAAGAACGUCCACUAUGGAAAGACUUUAAUGACGUUAAAACUUUUGUAUUCUAUAAUGGAAUACCUCCUCCACUAAAAGGUUUACCACAUAAAAAUGACACCAUACAAGCAGAAGAUAUUCCAUCUGAUCAUCAUCCUAAUUUGAAAUAUUUUAGAAGUCAAUCCAAUGACACGGACAGAAGAAAACAUUGGAAAAUGUGGGAGACGGCUAUACAGAGGUCCAAAGGCUGGCUAACCGAUAUUGAAGGUGAACACAUCCCAAUUAUUGAGAAUGAGUAUGUUAAUGGAAAGAUGUAG